AAAAGCUUAUUUUCCAAAAUAAGACUGGGUCUUGGCUUUCCAGAUGCUACUGGCUUAUUAGCCAGAAAAUGCUGGUCUGUGUUUUGCUUUCUAAAAGGGCAGUGGGCAGCAUCACAUGACAAAGGGGUCAAUUUCCUACAGGAUCCUUUAUCUAGAUGGGAAAGUAUUUUUAAUCUAAGCAAAGUUAAUGAAAGGGUUUUUGUUUGUUUGUUUAAUUUAAAGAACAAAUUCGAAUCCUUCCAAACAUUUAUCGUUCAAUAUUUAAAAUACGAUCGAUCUAUUGAAAUUUCAUCUAAAAUAAAUUGAUGUUCACCUGGCUUUCUUUCUUUCUUUUACUUUUUUCCUUUUUUAAGUGUUUGCUGCUCUGCCUUUGAGGGCGACUUGCUUUGGCUAGGGUAGGCAGGCAGCCCAGUUUCUCCAACGAGAUUCCAACCCCAUACCCCCCCCCUCCCCGAAAUCCUAAAUCUGAAACAGAGCUGCAGAAUGCCUGUGUAGUUCUCACACAAAACUUCCCAGCUGCAGGAACCGGGGCGCGGGGAGGUGAGAGGGAGACUCGCUUCUUUUAGGAGCUGGCCUUUGCAAUCCUGGCGCAAGAGCAGAGGCAGAGCUGACUACUCUGCGCUCUCCUGGUGAAACCGCGUACGCUCGCGGACGGGAAACCAAAGAGGGAGGACGUGUUCAAGGGCGACACGGAGCGAUGGAGAGCGGGCUCCUCGCGCGGAUCCCGGCCAGGGCUGCCUGGCCGCUGGCGUCGGGGCCCAGCGCCGAUGCGUGAGGAUGGCUCCGCCUGCUUCUUAGGCGGUGCGGGGAUCACUGAUGCCUAAGGUAGCACCUGCCCGGAAGGAAAGAGGCGCUAACGCACGUGGGAGGGGCGCAGGUCCAGCGGACCUUGAGAUGCGGGAAAGUGGAGGAAGACGUGGGCUCCGGGUUCGGACCUACCCUGCCCUAACAAGACAGAGACAGGAGACCGGACAUCCCAGGUUUGCUGCGACGGCAGAAUCACCCAAUCCACAACCCACCCCAGCCUCCCAAGCCGCGCUGGUCCUUUCCCCAACCUCCCCUCCCCACCCCCACUGAAACCCAAGGAACUGCCCUGCCAGGUGGGCGGGACCGACUCAUUCAGUACCUGUCGGCGAGAGUCCAGAGUCCUGCCCCGCUGGCGGGAGCUCUGAGUAGCCAGCCCGGCAACGACCCGACCCAACUCCGGGCAGCACCAGGGCGGGCCGGGCAGCAGUGGGCGCUCGCGAUCCUCCUCUGCCCAACGCGCACUCCCUCAGGGCCCGGCCUCCUCCGUCCCCUCCUCCUGCUCCUGCUCCUCCUCCCGCUCCUCCCCUCAGCGGGUCUGAUCGCCUAGUCUCCAGCCUGCAAAGUCCCCGGCGCGCCGGCAGCCAAGAACCGCCGCCACUGCCACUGCCGGGUCUCAGUGGGUGCCUGCACCGCUGCCUCACCCGCCUGCCCGGGGUUGUCCCGAGGCUUGCUCCGCCGGCCGCUGGUGCUCCAAGGCACUGCCCAUGGCCCAGCCCGAGAGGCGACUUCGGGUGCCUGACCGGCUGGAUCGUAGCGCCGCUCAGUAAUCAGAGGCCCGUGACACCCAUGAGUCACUGAUCUGGAGGCAUCCCCUGCGCAGCGCUUCAUGAGCCAGCGGCGCCCGGCCCAGUGAAGCCACGGUGGUGUCCAGCAUGGCCGCGCUGCUCCUGGGCGCGGUGAUGCUGGUCCUUCAGCUCCAGCUGGUGCCUUGCCGCCCCGCCAUGCCCGGGGCCGGGCCGAGCCAGCAGGAGCUUGUGCGGAAAGCGGCGACCCUCCAGGAUGAGGUCCGGGACAGCGCGGCCCCCAACGGCUCCGUCCAGCAGCUGCCGCAGACCAUCAUCAUCGGCGUGCGCAAGGGCGGGACCCGCGCGCUGCUGGAGAUGCUCAGCCUGCAUCCCGACGUGGCUGCUGCGGAGAACGAGGUGCACUUCUUCGACUGGGAGGAGCAUUACAGCCAAGGCCUGGACUGGUACCUCAGCCAGAUGCCCUUCUCCUACCCGCACCAGCUCACGGUUGAAAAGACCCCCGCGUACUUCACGUCGCCCAAAGUGCCUGAGCGGGUCCACCGCAUGAACCCGUCCAUCCGGCUGCUGCUCAUCCUGCGGGACCCGUCGGAGCGCGUGCUGUCCGACUACACCCAAGUGUUCUACAACCACGUGCAGAAGCACAAGCCCUACCCGUCCAUCGAGGAGUUCCUGGUGCGCGACGGCCGCCUCAACGUGGACUACAAGGCCCUCAACCGAAGCCUGUACCACGUGCACAUGCAGAACUGGCUGCGCUUCUUCCCGCUGCGCCGCAUCCACAUCGUGGAUGGCGACCGCCUCAUCAGGGACCCUUUUCCUGAGAUCCAGAAGGUCGAGAGGUUCCUGAUGCUGUCGCCGCAGAUCAACGCCUCGAACUUCUACUUUAACAAAACCAAGGGCUUUUACUGCCUGCGGGACGGCGGCCGGGACCGCUGCUUACAUGAGUCCAAAGGCCGGGCGCACCCCCAGAUCGACCCCAAACUCCUCAAUAAACUGCACGAAUAUUUUCAUGAGCCAAAUAAGAAAUUUUUCGAGCUUGUGGGCAGAACAUUUGACUGGCACUAAUUUGUGAUAAGCUAGGCUCAGAACUUUUCCAGUUGUAAAUUGUGGUGUACACUAGGUGGAGAAAAAAGAAAAGAAUUUUAAGAGGACAUUUAAGCUAUAAUUUAUUUGUAAAAUCCAUAAAGUACUUCUGUACAGUAUUAGAUUCACAAUUGCCAUAUAUACUAGUUAUAUUUUUCUACUUGUUAAAUUGAGGGCAUUUUGUAUUGUUUUUCAUGGUUGUUAACAUUGUGUAAUAUGUCUAUAUGAAGGAACUAAAAUAUUUCACUGCAGAGAAAAAAAAAUUCUGGAGACGCUGUCUUUUUUGAAUAUAAUGAACUUGCCCCCAACUCAAAA